UGUUACGCUCUCACGUUGUUGGCGAUAAUUCAACGUUUUUCCUUUUAUAAACAAUUUCGUUGAUUGGUAACGCGCGUUCGAUACGGUACGAGUGGUUUGCAUGUUGGUCAGGAGGAUUGAUGAGGGCGACUUAUUAGGGUCGAAACGCGAUUUCGAGAGGGAUUUGUGCAAUAUUUUUGACGAGGGUAUGGAGGUUUGUGCGAAGGCGAAGGAGUGUUUCGGCAUGGACGGAUUGGAGGACCGGGAAAUGAAGACUGAAUACCGACUUUGUUCGGCCUGUGGGGACCCCAUAAGUGACAAAUUUCUCCUUGAAGUAUCCGGAAGGACGUGGCACGCGCGUUGUUUACGCUGCUGCGUCUGUCAGUUACAGCUUGACCGGCAACCAUCUUGUUUUAUACGGGAUAGGGCGAUUUAUUGUAAAGCUGACUACGCCAAAAGUUUCGGCGCCAAAUGUUCAAUUUGUCUACGCGGUAUCUCGAGUAGCGAUUGGGUAAGAAAAGCACGUGACCACGUGUACCAUUUGGCGUGUUUCGCAUGUGCGGCAUGUCACCGUCAACUGUCCACUGGUGAAGAGUUCGCCCUCCACGAAGACCGAGUCUUAUGUAAAGCUCACUAUUUGGAAACCCUCGACGGAGGCACAACCAGCUCUGAUGACGGCUGCGACGCGGACGGAUACCACAAAAACAAGGCGAAACGAGUGAGAACAACCUUCACCGAGGAGCAGUUGCAGGUUUUGCAGGCGAAUUUUCAGCUGGAUUCGAAUCCGGACGGACAGGAUUUAGAGAGGAUCGCCCAGAUUACCGGGUUGAGCAAACGGGUCACGCAGGUUUGGUUCCAGAACUCUCGGGCCCGACAGAAAAAACAUAUGCACACGGGAAAGGCGAAGAGUCAACUUCACAAUGGUAGUCGAGAGGAGAACGGAUUUGGGAGGCAUAUAAACUUACAUUUAACUUACUCGUUCCAACAACAGAAUAAGAACAGCAUCUUCUCUCAACCUGAUUCCUCUUUGGAUGAUUUGUCGCAGGAGUCCGCUCUACACUGCAUGCAGUCCGAGGUGUAGACGUUAUUUAAAAAAAAAACUGUGAAUAUAAAAACUUGUUUUUUUUUGUAUAAAAUACAUUCUUUUGUUUAAUCA